AUGCGACAGUCGACAUCAUCUUCUGGACGGACGCACCAAUUGACAAGCCCCUUGAAGCAAGAUUUGGCUGCCCAAAAACGAGAUCAGGCUUACUGCAUACGAUUCAGAUUACCUGAUAGCGAACAUCUCAUGACAGGCCUAGACGCAACAUACACAAAAACUGCCAGCACAGAUCGUGAAUCGGUCUUUUUGUCUCAGGUGCCGCCUGGACAUAUCAAUCUGCUGGGUCGAGUGUAUCUGUCAGAGACAUUUAUGACAUUCGAAUCUCAUGAAAGGCUUGCCGCUCCUCAGCAACACUUGCCUCUCUGUAAAGCUGUCUUUCCUCUCUAUACUGUGAAGCGUGUCGAAAGGAUUCACUCGGGCGCUUACACGUCUGGAGUAGCUAUUGUAACACUUCACAAGAUAGAACAUACCUUUAUGCUUCAUGCCGAGAAGAAUGACUGUGAACAGUUUUGUGAUGCAUUGAAAGGAUUGUUACAAAAGCAAGUGCCUCAUUUUAAAAAAGUCAGGCCUUUUGUUGCUUCAUGUGAGUCCGAGCAUCUCUGUACCGCAGACACGCCUUCACCUCCUGGUGGACUUGGCCUGGAAUUUGGCUAUCCAGAGGAUUCGAAAAAGUCAAAAGAUAAAAGCAAGACAAAAUUAUGGAAGCUCUAUUUUCAAGAAAAUGGAAGAAAUCUAACCAUGAUCCGUUUACCAACAUUCGGUAAGCUCGUACGCGUCGGUUUGCCCAACAGACUCCGAGGCGAAAUUUGGGAAGCCGCUUCAGGAGCAAUGUACUUGAGAUUUGCCAAUCCAGGUGUCUAUCAAGAUAUUUUGGAAAAAUACAAGGGGCAAAAGUCAACAUCAACAGAAGAAAUCGAAAAGGAUCUGAAUAGAUCUUUACCAGAGUAUGCCGGAUAUCAAUCACCAGAAGGCAUCGAUCGACUUCGAAGAGUACUUACUGCCUAUGCAUGGAAGAAUCCAGAGCUCGGUUAUUGUCAGGCCAUGAACAUUGUUACCUCUGCCUUACUGAUAUAUACAACAGAAGAACAAGCGUUUUGGCUACUUCACGUUUUGGUGGAUCGUAUAUGUCCUGGAUACUAUAGUACUAGCAUGUAUGGCGCUUUAUUAGAUCAAAUAAUCUUUGAACAACUUGUAGAAAAGACAAUGCCUAUGCUCUGGAAUCAUUUUAAAAAGACAGAGGUGGAGUUGUCUAUAGCAUGUCUACCUUGGUUUCUCAGUUUAUAUGUCAAUUCGAUGCCAUUAGAAUGCGCUGUACGUGUACUUGAUAUAUUAUUUAUGGAAGGUCCAAGGAUUUUAUUCCAGAUAGGACUGGCUGUUUUAAAGAUAAAUGGUGAAGAGUUACUGCAGACAAGGGAUGAUGGUGCAUUUUUAGAUAUUUUAAAAUCCUUUUUCCAGUCUAUUGAAAGCAGUAAUGAUCAUCGCUCGACCAUAGAAAAAAAAUCUCGAACAAGACUUACAAAAUUGAGUGAGAUGAUGUUGAUUGCUUAUAGAGAAUUUUCUCUUGUGACAGACGAAAUGGUGGUUGAACUUCGACGACAGAACCAGCUCAAAGUGGGAGCAGGAAUUGAAUCAUUCACAAAACGUACGGUCAUCCGGCACUUGAAGGACACAGCCGGCUUUUCAAAGGAAGAUAUUGGAACUAUGUAUGACAAAUAUUUUGGAACCUUGUAUUAUUCCAAUCGAGACACUGGAGGUAAACCAGAGUCAAAGAUGAACAAGGAGACAUUCCAAGCUAUGCUUGCAUCCAUGACACCAUGGGCCAAGUUCAAGAGCACGAAUGAGCACCCAGAUUCGAUCACAGCCAAGGAGUUGAGUACAAGUUUUGUGUACCGUAUGUAUCGAAUGUUUGCAGGUGGAAAAGACGAAUUGAUUGAUUUCCAAAAGAUGGUGCGAGGAAUGAGCGAGAUACUACAAGGAGAUAUCAUGUCACAUAUGGAUUGGUUCUUUAGGCUUUAUGAUGAAGAUAAGGAUGAUGUUUUGACGAGUAAAGAUAUUAUCAAUAUCAGCAAAGAGCUCUAUUGGCUACUGAGUGUUCUUAAAGAUACGGAUAUAGCAUGGGAUGCAGUAACUAGCCUGAUCGUUCACAGUUGUGAACAGUCGGAUAUUGCUAAGGGAACACAACCUGAUGAGGCAACGCUAAAGCAUAGACUAGCCGAUUUAACGAUGAAGAGUAAAGAAGAAUCACUGCAUUUACGUAUGAAGCAACUGGACAAUUCCAUUAUUGCCGAUGUGAUCGAUAUCACUUUACCGUCAUUUCGUAUGGUUGUACUCACAAAUGAAUCUCUCGAAAUGCUGUUUGAUCAUGGAUUUAAGGAUAGCUUUAACUUUAGUAAAUCGGCUGUUGAUAGACAAAAGAGUUUAGGCAGAGAAUUAUUCGAGAACCUGUUUGCUCAAGGACAACGAUUUGCUAAACCAAGCUCUAGUCUGACAGUCAACUCACCUGUAGUCAACAGGAGUAGAUCAGCUUCUACCUCAUCUACAACAGGAGUAGAAGAUAAAGAAGUCGAGACCCUGAUGGAUGAAUGGGGUCAUUUUGAAGUAUAA